AUGGUCUCUUUCUACCCCUCUCAGCCCUGCUUUCACAACCAUCUCACCUAAUAGCAGCCUCUCAAGAUAUGGCCUCAAAAAGAGCGUUGGUGAUUCUAGCAAAAGGGGCAGAGGAGAUGGAAACUGUAAUCCCCACUGAUGUUAUGAGAAGAGCUGGGAUCAAGGUGACUGUUGCAGGCCUAACAGGAAAAGAACCAGUGCAGUGCAGUCGAGAUGUUUUCAUUUGUCCUGAUGCCAGUCUUGAAGAUGCCAGAAAAGAGGGCCCUUACGAUGUCAUAGUCCUGCCUGGGGGUAACCUUGGAGCUCAAAACUUGUCAGAGUCUCCUGCUGUGAAAGACAUUUUGAAGGACCAGGAAAGCAGAAAAGGCCUGAUUGCUGCUAUAUGUGCAGGUCCUACUGCCCUUCUGGCACAUGGGAUAGGGUUUGGAAGCAAAGUCACAACACAUCCUUUGGCCAAAGACAAAAUGAUGAACGGAGCACGCUACUGUUACUCCGAGAGCCGCGUGGAGAAAGAUGGGAACAUCCUCACCAGCCGUGGCCCUGGUACCAGCUUUGAAUUUGGGUUGGCCAUUGUUGAAACACUGAUGGGAAAAGAAGUGGCUGAACAGGUGAAAGCACCCCUAAUACUGAAAGAGUGAAAUCCUAGUGUGGGACAGAGAGUAGGACAAUUUCAGAUGGAGUCUUGUCCUUUGUAGAAUAACUGUAAGACACACUGUUGUAAGUACAAUUUAAUUGCGGGUGAAAGUAGCAACUGUAUUUAUCUAAACUGGGAAACCUUAGCAAACCAAUGGUCUUUAUUUCUGGGAAAAGAACCUGUUAGCAAAAAACCCUGACCACAGAAAACCCAGCCAGAAUGUAAUAAUCUUAGCCCUUUGAUGACUUCUAAAAAUCACUUGGGAAAAUGCUUGCUGAAUUAAAAAAAUGAAGCAACCCU